UCCCUUCAUCUUCCUUGGAGAUGUGGGAAAAAGCCAUUCAGCUAAGCAAAGAGUUGGCUGACAUGUAUGAAAACAAGGUUUUCGAUUACGAAGGACUCAGUAAUGUCUUGAAAAACGAGCUACUUUUUAUGAAAAUAUUAUGAAGGCAAUGAGACCUCAACCAGAGUACUUUGCAGUUGGAUACUACGGUCAGGGUUUCCCCUCCUUCCUCCGGAACAAAAUUUUUAUCUACCGUGGCAAGGAGUAUGAACGGAGGGAAGACUUCAACCUGAAGCUCCUCACCCAGUUUCCUAGUGCUGAGAAGAUGACCAGCACUGCCCCUCCAGGAGAGGAGAUCAAAUCUUCUCCUAAACAGUAUGUGCAGUGCUUUAUAGUGAAGCCUGUGAUGAACCUGCCACCUAAUUAUAAGGACAAACCUGUUCCUGAGCAGAUCCUAAACUACUACAGAGCAAACGAGGUGCAGCAGUUCACACACUCACGACCAUUCAGAAAAGGAGAAAAGGACCCAGAGAACGAAUUUGCUACUAUGUGGAUAGAAAGGACAACCUACACGACAGCGUAUUCGUUUCCAGGCAUCCUCAAGUGGUUUGAAGUCAGACAGGUUUCAACGGAAGAGAUCAGCCCAUUGGAGAACGCCAUAGAAACGAUGGAGCUCACCAAUGAGAAAAUCAGCAACAUUGUCCAACAGCAUGUCUGGGACCGGAGCCUUCCUGUGCAUCCUCUCUCCAUGCUCCUCAAUGGGAUCGUGGACCCGGCGGUCAUGGGGGGAUACACCAACUAUGAAAAGGCCUUUUUCACAGAGAAAUAUCUUCAAGAGCAUCCUGAAGAUCAAGAUAAAAUUGAACUGCUUAAGCAAUUGAUUGCUCUACAGAUGCCAUUGUUAGCAGAGGGAAUAAGAAUCCAUGGCGAGAAGCUGACAGAGCAGCUGAAGCCUCUGCACGAAAGACUGACAGCCUGCUUCAAAGAGCUGAAGAAGAAGGUGGAGAAGCAGUACGGUGUAAUAACUUUGCCUCCCUCCCUGACCGAAAGGAAACCAAGCAGGUCCGGCUCUGUCGUGUUGCCCUACAUCAUGUCUUCCACGCUGAGACGGCUCUCUGUCACAUCUGUGGCCUCUUCUGUGGUCUCUACAUCUUCCACGUCAUCUGAUAGCACUUCCUCCAGGCCGGGUUCAGAUGGAUCAAUCCUGGAGCCUCUCUUGGAGAGAAGAAUAUCAACAGCUUCCAGAGCUGAAGAACUGCCCGUGAAAGAAGAUGGUGAUAACAGGAUUUGCAAACUGAAGCGGAAGGAAUGGAGUAUCAGCAAGUCUCAAGUUAUCGUGGAGAAGGAGCCAGAAAUGGAACUGACUUCCAAAAUGAGCACGUCAGGAAAAGCUCAAAGGCCAAAGAGUCUUCAGUUAGGAGACAACAGGCUGACUUUGCUUCAGAGUUCUUCUCUCCAGCAGUCAACGCCUCUCAGCCCACCACCCAUCACUCCCAAAACCCCAAGAACCCACAGUUUUCCCUCAUUGCAGUCGGAUGGAUUGCCAGCUGCUUGCCUGCAGAGCACCCCACCCCCACCUCCUCCCAAGAGCAAACCCUAUGAGAAUAGCAACCCGAGGAACUCUGUGGAGGUUGCUCCACCACUGCCCAGCAGACGUGAAUCCAAACCUCCCCCUCCACCCCCAAAAACCAGAAAAUCCAGUGUCCUCUCGUCAGAGCAAGGAUUGCAGUGAGGAUUAUUACUUGCUUGUCUAACAGCAAGUACCUGAAGAGAGAUGGCUGCUUUCUCUUCACUGAUGUGCUGGGGUUUUCUAUCCUAAAGACUAGUGAUCUCAGUUGCCAUUCCAUUCACUUCCAUUGAAGUUCUCCCUGGGAAAUAGCAAAAGGAACUCUGAGUGUAACUAUAUUCCCAACCUCUGAUUUAUUUUUCCACUAAUGAGACACUAAUCACAGAAGGGAAGAAGUCAGCCUACUGGAAUUCUUAUAUUAGCCUUGUCUAUCCUGAAUUUUUUUCACUGAUGCAAUUUCAGCAGCUCGUUCCUAAUGUGAAACUAUCACAGUAGUGAUUUGAAACCAGGGCUUAACUGAGGUAAGCCACACCAGUAUGAGACGUGUUCUGCAGUAUUUUCACGUGGGUUCAUUCCAGCUUUAUGCUAAAGCACAAAUCCCUCCUCCUGUCGCUGUAGUCAAGUCCUGAUUUGCAUGAAGUGAGACGGAUUGCAGCCGUGCAGUGUCAGGUGUUGGUGUGUGAUGUGUGGUCUCCUAAGAUUCGUGAUUGCAGGCAGAGACCUGAGCACUGUUAGCAGGAUAAGAAACCUCUUUUCUGCUACUCAUCACAUGUAUUGAAGAUGAAGUGCAGACGUUCUGCCUUACACGUCUCUGCUCAAGUAGUGGCAGUUGCUCACUCCCAAUGGAGAGUUUAGGUUUGCCAGUACUUAAUUAUAGUUUCACUGUUGGUUCUGGUUUUAACACUACAGAGCAGCUGAUAUCCCUUCCUUUGUUGUGUUGCUACUUUGUUUUGCACCUGGGACAAAGACUUCAUCUUUAUGCUUUUCAAAUAGGGCGUAGAAAGUGACUUUUCUCCUGUGAAUGUCUUGGAAUGGAUAGAGGUUGUGUUGAUACCAGCACUGUAUUGAUACCAGCAACUUGGGGAGGAUGGAGUGUGUACUGUAACACUUUGGCUGGCUAGAUCCUUACAAAUAGAAAUAAACAUCAUCCUCCCUCUCCCCGUCCCCAUUUAGGGCAGUACUUGCACUUUGUUUUGUAGCCUCCCUUGGUCUGAGUUGUUCACAGCCACUAGACUUGAAGGAACCACUUGGAUCUGGGACUUGUGGAAGACUUGACAAUCAACCACCGUGCUUCCUGUUGCUUGGAUUAUUCCAGCUCUGCAGCUUUUUUUUCCUUUGGAGAACAAGAUAAUUAUGUUAUUUAUAAGUAUGUUAUUAAUCUGCUUAAUUAUUCUCUCUUAGUUAUUUAUUUCCUGCUCUCUCAGGAUGUCAACAAGUUUUUUCAUUUUAUUUAUUCUGAAGAAGAAAAAUGUCCUGAUCUUGGGUUUUAACCUUUUAAAAUUCCUGCCUUUCCUCAGCUCUAUAGUGACCAAAGAUAGAGCACAAAUAUCUUUACUCCAUAUGGACCAGAUGGGCUUUGUGCAGUACUUAAGCUGGAAGGAAGUUCAACAGAAAGUUGUCUUGCAGCGUGCAUUUCAGCACUGUUCUACCACAGAAUUAUCUAGAUCAUCCCAGCAAGAGCUUCAGCAGCCUUUUCUUGCUGUGUGGAUCAGGAUCUUCCUAAACUCCCCAUUUCGGAACUCAUUGCUUGUGAGGAACAUCACUGUUAUCUUUUCAAGCAGCAUAAUUAUUUCUUAUAUAUCCCCCCAGAGUUGUCACUGCCACUUGGUGCCACAUUUAUUUCAUCCAGCAAACAAUACUGCUUGUUACCUGUCACUGUCAUUAAGCUCCUGAUUAUUGGGUGUAAUUUAUGGAGAUGCAUUUAAAUCCCUGCUGGGGAUGUUGCUCAAAGGUACCAUUUUUUUGUUUUGUUUUGCUGUGGCUUGUUUCUUUUUUUU